UUAGAUGAGAGAUUGGGAUUGACUGUCGCACCGAGUCGGGUCCGAUUGCAGCCCUCCGUAGCAGACGGCUACGCAUGGUCGGUGUCAACUUCGCAAGAACACCUAUUAAAAAAGAAUUUAAGCAAUGGAACGGUUGGCUUCUACCAGGUCAUACGUGAUGCACUUGGGUGUUCGAUCGAAGCUGUUAGCCCGCAGACCUUGCGCGAAUUUGACGCAGGCUCUGAUAGAGAGAUGAGUUUUAAGCGCCCGAGCCCAUCGAAGCUUUCCAAGUCACCAGAGACAGCGUCCGAGGGUGGCUCUUUCACGGCCACCAUUCAACGACUGGAAAGCGUAAACAAGGAACUUGCAGCUGAGAUUGUGCGUGCCAAAGCCUGCUCGGAGGAUUUGCUCAAGGAGAAAUUGGAGUGGGAGGUAAAGUAUCAAGAGAUCAACGCAGAACUUGACACUAGCCGGCACUUGGUGAAACAGUUGGAGAGCGAGCUGGUUUGCAUGGGAAUGGGUGUUACGGAAGCUUUGAAGAUAUUGCAAGGCCACCAACUUCCAGAAGGAAGCCAAUCACGCGCACAAGACGAGAAAUAG